UGCUGAUUCCAGUAAACCUCAAAGAUUACACAAUUUUCAGGAAGGGUCUGUUGAAAAUAAUUUACCAGUAUACACUACAACUACAACCAACAAUACCAAUUUAGAUUUUUUAAUAGAGGCGAGUAUAACUGUUGAAAAUAAUAAUAAUGUUGAUAAUAGUUGUUGUUGUUCAAAGAAUGAGUCAGGUUUAGAAUACUGGAAUAGACAGAGAGAGUUAUGGACUCGUGAAAAUUCAGAUGGUUCAGGGCCUUUCAUAUUAGUUAGCGGAUGGAAAAGAGAUGGAAUUUGGCCUAGUGACCAGCCAUCACCAACUUCAAGCACAAACACCCAAGUGCCACUUUAG